ACAAACUACAUCAUAUUCAGACAAAUAUUCUGCAAGAUACCUUUGCUUAUUACGGACACUCCUGGUGUUUAAAUGGAAGAUCGACAAUGAGUGGUCAAGAUUAGUUACAUCACCGGUCAGUGGGCCAGGAUUAAGUUCAACGUCCCCUGCAAGCUGUAUUAACAAUAGGAGUACGAGAAUUACAUUUACAUUGCCGAGAUAAGCCUGCAGAACACAAAGGCACAAUCGAGUGUUACAAGCUUUAACUUCUAGUGAUAAAAUAUAAUGCAUUAUGUCCAGCUCGUUCAAAAGAAACUUUGUGAUGGAAGAUUUGCAGAUAAACAAUUGACACAACCUGUUAGAAGACUUUACAACACAGUUGAACACCCCGAUCGCAACGCGAUACUGAGAUAUAUCAUUACCCAUAUGUCAGUUUCAGUCUGGGAACAAUCGUACUUUUCUUCUGGGUUAACGAUCGGGGAAUGUUAGGACGCUGUGACCAUAUGCUGAGCGAGGAAUCAGUGUGUACAUAGCAUGGCAAUACAAGAAUGGAUUGUAUAUAUAUUGGAGUUUUCAUUUUCUGGGAAUAUAAGAGGAGAGUGAGAUUCAGGAAUAUGGAUAAAACAGGAAGUGAAUGGAAAGCUAAGGAUAAGGUACAAUAUGACCGGUGCCGCCUUAGUUGUGAUAUUUGCAAGCGCCCUUGUAACGAUAAACACGGCAGCCAUUUUGAAAUGCUCCGAUUACAAGGGAGCACUGUUUCAUAACGCGGAGGAAUACAUACCGCAUAAAGAAGAGCCGUGCAAGGCGUGCAAAUGCGAGAAGGGAUUCCCCAGCAUGUGCAGACAACUCCCAUGUUCCCCUCCCCCCAAAAACUGCAAACACGUGGCCCAGGUGGAAGGGUGUUGUAAAUAUCUGUGCCUGGACAAGUUCAGGCGCACCCCCGGCACAACGGUAGAAAAUGAUAACUGCACGGAUAUCGCCAUCAUCGGCGCGGGCGUGGCAGGCGCCUACACGGCCUGGCUUCUACGUAGUCGCAACCUCACCGUCGACGUGUACGAAUUCUCCGACAGAAUUGGAGGACGUCUACACACCGCCAAGUUACCCCACAUCCCCGACGUGAACAUCGAACUCGGUGGCAUGAGGUUCGUCCCUGACUGGCACCCACGUCUGUACAAGGUAAUCAAGGCUCUCGGUCUGGAUAUGGUAGACUUUCAGCCCAAGAACGCCAGCAAGGAAACGCUGUAUUACGUAAGGGGGAGACAACUCAGGGAAGCAGAUUUCACGACCGGCAAGUUGCCCUACAACCUGAAAGGCGAAGAGAAAGGGAAGAGCCCCGAUGCUCUAAGAUGGAAGGUUUUUUCCGAGAACACCAACUACACAGAUCGGGGUCCCCGUGAGUUCCGGAUAGGGAAAGAUCUGCUCCAGAUAUCUACACGUGAUGGCCUGCUGCUCCAUGAUCAGAGUUACGAGGGCAUGUUUCGUAGUGUUGCGAGUGAAGAGGCCUACAGUUACAUCCGGGAUACCGAGGGUUUUCAAAGUUUCUUUGGAUCAACAAGCGCCGCAGUGCACAUCCCCUUGUCUGGUCCAAAAGGCUGGUCCAACAACUCCCCUUACAAAACCCUGAAGAAUGGGAUGGACCAUCUCCCUAAGUCAUUGUUGAAAGCGGCCCUGGAGGGACAAAGCAACCGGUUACAUCUUAAUCGCCGUUUGACUAAGAUACAGACUCUACCGUCACGGAAGUAUCAGCUGACGUUUAAGGAAACGGUAACUAAGAAAGAUGGCUAUACCCGGGACAAAUUCGGAAGAAAGUCAUUUGUAAAGACAUGCGCAAAGAAAGUGAUCUUGGCUCUUCCAAGAAUGGCGCUUGCAGGAAUUAACUGGCAUGGUUUCAAGAAACAUCGACUUUUCAAACGCUACAUUUCGUCCGUCACUGAUACGCCAAUUGCAAAAAUAUACCUUGGCUUCCGUAGCCCAUGGUGGGAUGAGCUCAACGUGACUUUUUCAAAAGUCACUACGGAUUUGCCUCUUUCCUUUGUAUUGAAAGGGGGAGUGUCACCAGAUACUGGAAGAGCCGUGCUUCUUGUUGCGUAUAAAGACAAUGAUAUCUCUUAUUGGAAACAGCUAUCAAAACUUGGCAAGCCCAUCCGCGGGACAAUUAAAACACCCUAUGCUGUCACAACCAAGAUGGUUGCUCACAUUAAGCGCCACCUGGCGGAGAUCUUUGGACUUGAGACCCGGCAAAUUCCUGACCCCAUAUCAGGGGCAUUGUCAGUGUGGGACGACUACCCAUUCGGAGGAGGCUACAAUAUGUGGUUGCCUGGAUACGACUGGGAUGACGUCAGAAAGACGAUGACGCGUCCCUCCAGCAAGGACCACGUGUACACAGUGGGGUCCGUGUUCGCAUUCCAUGACAGCCAAGCGUGGAUAGAGGGCGCUUUGGCGAGGUCGGAUGAACUAGUCGAUGAAUAUUUCUAAGUGUGUUGUAAACACCAUUUGAUAUUCUGGAGGGGGGCCUUGAAUUUGGUAUUGAGACCAGAUAUUUUUUCAGGUUCAGCUGCAAAACCUGAUAUUUUUUUUUCUAUUAAAACCAUGCGCCCAUAUAUUUUUUUCGUAAACAACACUUUGCAACAAUGUAUUUUUUGUAGAAGACAAUUUCCAUUUUUCCUAACAAAAUGAAACAGAAAUGUGUCUUGCAAGAAAUUUCGGGGAGAAUUUAUUAUCGGUUCGGGUGGUCAGGUUCGCUGACUUGUUUGAUGCUUACCAAUUACAUACCAAUUGCGUAGAUCGGUGCUCAUGGUGUCCAUCACUGUAUUUUCUGGUCCAGACUCGAUUAUUUACAGGCCGCCAUCAUAUAGAUGGAAUACUGCUGUGUGUGGUGUUAAACAACAAACACACAAUAACAAACGUCAUUUGAAUACCACGCAGUUCACUAAACUAAGCCUUCCAUGCUCGUCCCUUGUAAAUGGACCAAGUACCUGUGUUGCGUUCUACAAAGAAAUCUUAGCAAAGCAAAUUUAGCGCAAAGACAAUCGCAACUCCCAUAGUUUAACAUAGACUUACGCCAUUCGUAGCGAUAGACAGCUUUGUGGAACGAGGCCCUUGCAUCUAAAAUAUGGGCCGAUUCUAAAUGUAUAUAUAAAGGAAAUACGGUAUUUUGCUUCACACUAAAAUGAUUAUAUAACCAUUAAUACCCAUUACCGAAUAUAUACGUUUGAACAGUUGGAAGAAAUAAAAUUUAUUACGAGACCAAACAAUAGUGGAUUCAUCCCUUUUAAUUGCUAUUGUAUGUGUAUCUUGUUGGUAACGCAGAAUCUUCCUUGUCGCAUUUAGUGGACGAAACACAUUAAUGUAUUGUCCAUAUAGUAAUUAAUAUUAAUAAAAGGUGCAAGAUUA